AUUACUUCCAAAAAAUUGGAACUCAGCAAGAUCCUUCAAAACCCGAUUCUCAUAAGAAGAAAGAGAAAUCAAAGGGAAAAAAGGAUCAAACUCACGCUUGUCCAAAGGUUAAGAAAAAAAGGCUUGUGUCAUAUGAUACAACAGAACCAGAGGAUGAUGAUGUCACAAGACAUAUUAUAAGGCUAAGAGAUAAGUUUGGUUGGCAAACGAUGUUACCACAGCACUGUUCGGAGUAUAAAAGUUCCAAAAUUGCAAUUCAGAAGAUUAUUCUAAAGGAACCUUUAACAGAUGAUGGAGAAUUUGUAUAUUGCCUUCCUCGGAAAAAUCAUCAAGUUCUCUAUAAUCCAUAUGAUCUUCAGGUGGUCUCUGCCCACAGAGCUAGACAUUGCAAAGAAUUUUGGAUUAUUACUGCAUCAUUUAUCUCAAAGGUUACUAAAAUAGGUGAUGUAGAAGAAAUAGAACUCAUACCUACUUUGGAAUGGCUUUUAGAAAGAACAUGUUACUAUUUAUUACAGCAAUUCAAGAUAUUUUCCAAUUUUCGAGUUAAUAAAUCAUUUGUUACUUGGAAAUUGAAUGUUAGAAGAAUUAAGACAGAGAAGAGCAGGUCGUUUUUGUACCGCCAUCUUUUUUGGGCCGAUGAGUUAUUUCAAGGCUGUUUGCUUUAUAUAAAGGGACUUUGUGAAGAUGCAGUUGAUAUCAAAAAAGGUAACGAACACGAAGACCAUCCAUCUGCCAUAUGCCUCAUAAAGCUGGAUAGGUCUCGAACAUAUUCUCUAGAUGAAUUUUGUAAAGAACAGUUACAGCAAGCCACCCAGGCACUGAAGCAGCUUGAGGAUAUCAGAGAUAAAGCUAUUUCCGAAAUCAAAAAUACAGUUUUACAGGUGGCAGAAAAGAAAGAAAUUAAAGAAUAUUUUGAGUCAAACGUCUCUGAAGAUGACACAGUACAUUUCAAGCUGCCUAAAUAUCGAUGUUUAUUAGAAACAAUUUUGAGGUUUCUGCUACUGGUUGACUACAUAUUUCAGGAACUCAUCCGUCAACUAAUGAAUACUGCAAUCACACUACUUUUGGAAUUAUUUAAUAAUUCUGCUAGAAUGCCAUUUUCAAUGGAAAAAAGGAAUGAAGAUCUCAUUAAGUAA